AUGGUUUUGUUCCCGACCGUACGCGAACUUCUUUGUGAGCCGAAUGCUACAAGCGUAAGUUACUUAUUUGAAUGAUUUGUUCAAUCAAUGUUUUUAGCUGCUCGAAGAGGGUUGGAAAAAUAGUUCUGGAAUACCUCACGUUAGUCUUUAAUCUAUAUGUCUUGAUAAAAAAGAAGACUUUUAGGUGACAGAAUGUGCUCAGCAUGUGGAUUUUUCUAUCAUCCCAACAAUCUUCCUAAUAAUCUUCUCGCCAAUAGUUCUCUGCGAUCUGCACAGAAGUCAAAAUGCGCAUCUUCGCAGUUGUUCUCCCAUCUCAAUACGGAUUGUGAGAGAUUCCCAGUAAAUCAUUCUAAUAUUUUUCUUACAGAUUUUUUGUUGUCUUCUAGUUGUCGAUCUCACCAUAUCAUUGUUUUAUGAUCUUCUGUUAUACUCUGAUUCGCGGGGAAAUGCAUGGACUUAUGUGAUAGGCGAUUUGGCGCAAUAUAUCGGUCAGUAGAGCUUUUUCCAUUAUAUUCGGGACGGUUCGAAAUAUUCUUAACAACUAUUGGCGCAUUUUUUUUUUCCUAUUUUGAAAAAAAAACGAUUGAAAUGUAAUGUGAACCGUUUGAUGAGAAGAAGAAUGUUAUUCUGAAUGAAUCCUUUUGUGAUAAAUAUAAUACUUUAUAAAAAUAUCCGGAACAAGUUCAGGAACUUGCAUCGCACUUACGUUCUCUAUCGCCUGUCGAAAUCGAGGCAUCGUAUCAUCCGGAGUUCUUUUUAACUAUUGGUUGUUAGUAGUUCUCUGCGGUUUCCCAGAGGCCAGAUUUUUGUUCGUCAAGCAACAGGAGGUUAUCAACGAUUAUUCUAAGGUUUUAAAAAAAACAACUUCGAACUACAGGAGUAUUCGUCGGUGGAUGCAGUUAGGUCCAUUCUCUACUACAUAUCCUACGUCAUAUCAUGUAUGCAACUGUUUCUUUCCUGUUUUGCUGACACUCCAACGUCAGGUUUCAACGGAGUGAGUUAUUUCGAAAUGAAAACCUUCAACGGUUGAUAAUCCGCGGCGAUUAGCGCUUCUUGUGUCCUUUGCUGUGUUGAGCUCUUUUUUCAAAAAAAAAGAAAACUAUGCGUUUUUGCUAGUUUCCUCAUGCUUCGAAUCAAAAUUCGGAUAACAGGAAACGUAACCACUCACAUUUCAUGAAUCUAGCCGAGAUCCUACUUGACUGGAGUUACUCUCACGCUUGUACAAACUCAUGUUGUCCCACGCUUUACGAAUUGGUUUAAUUGUAGUUCUCACCAAAAAUAAUCCAGGAAAAAAUUGAUAUAUAUAAUUUUUUCAGAAAAAAUCAUGCCCGGAAACAACAUCUUCCUUUUUGAACCAAAUAACUUUCCACUGGUUUACUGGUCUUGCCAUUCUUGGAAACCAGAAGCCUUUGGAGCGGGACGACUUGUGGGAUCUGAACGAAAGAGACAGAGCCAAGAACUUGAUUCCAGACUACAUGCAAAAAUCUCCAGAAACAAGUCAAAGGUGCUCAUCAAUCAGAAAAAGAUGAAUCCAAACUAUUUAGCUUAUCGAGAUAAAGUGAAGCGAAAUCCUGAAGCUGCUGCAAACGCCAAAGAACAUCCCUCUGUUGCGAUUCCAAUUUUCCAAACCUACAAAUGGACCUUCUUGACUGGGGCCGCCUACAAGUUCAUUUUUGAUCUUCUUCAGUUUGUGGCACCUGAAUUACUCAGUCAACUUAUAAGCUUCAUUCAGGUAUUUUUUUAAUCAAAUCUAUUCAAAUAAUUCGUUUUUUGAGGACAAAAAUCAACCUUUGUGGAUUGGAAUAGGCAUCGCUACCUUGAUGUUUUUGUCGGCUCUCAUGCAAUCAAUGAUUUUGCACCAAUACUUUCACGAAAUGUUCCGUUUAGGCAUGAACAUACGCUCUGUUUUGACGAGUGCUGUUUAUAAGAAGGUAAACUAAAACGAUUUUGGUAGUUAAAGACAGUUAUAGUCAUUGAAUCUGUCGAAUGAAGCAAGAAAAAAUCGUACUACUGGAGCCAUAGUGAACCUCAUGGCGGUUGACAUCCAAAGAAUGCAGGACAUGACAACUUUCAUCAUGCUCUUCUGGUCUUCGCCCUUCCAGGUUUAACUCGUUUCCAUUCCAAAUAAAACUCAUCUCAGAUUCUACUCUCCAUCUAUUUCUUGUGGAAACUUCUUGGGUGGUCAGUUCUUGCUGGUCUUGUCAUUCUCCUUCUUAUGAUUCCAUUCAACUCCUGGAUAUCCGUGAAAAUGAGAAAUUGCCAGGUUGAUUCACAGGAUCUGAAUAUUUACGCAUGAAUUGAAAUUUAGAUGGAGCAAAUGAAAUUCAAAGACGAACGAAUAAAAAUGAUGUCUGAGAUUCUCAACGGAAUGAAAGUUCUCAAACUCUACUCCUGGGAAAAGAGCAUGCAGAAGCUGGUAAUAUCUUCUUCCAUGUAUGAAAACUUAUUUGACUUCAAACACUCAGGUUCUCGAAAUUCGUGAAAAAGAGCUACAAGUUCUACGUAAACUUGCGUACCUCAACGCAGCUACGACUUUGUCAUGGGCUUGCGCUCCUUUUCUGGUAGAAACGCAGCUCUUUACAAGUUUACAGCGGUGUUUCAGGUCGCUGUAUUGACCUUCGGACUUUAUGUCAUCUGGGAUCCAGAAAAUAACAUUCUGACGCCGCAGAUCACUUUCGUUGCUCUCGCACUUUUCAACAUUCUGAGGUUCCCUCUCGCCGUUUUUGCGAUGGUUUUCAGCCAGGUUUGAUUAAUUUAUCAAUGAAACAUUGAAAAAUUUCUAAAUAAAUUCAACUUUCAAUUUUCUUUUCAUUCAGGCUGUCCAAUGCUUCGUCAGUAUGAAAAGGUUGAACGAAUUCUUCGCUGCUGAUGAAAUGGUUGACCAAAAAUCUCUGGGCUACGGAGACUCGGGUUCUUAAAGAGAAGAAGAAAUCAUUUAAAUGAAAAAUACGCAGACGUUGUUGUGAAAGUGGAGAACGGAAGCUUUGCUUGGGGAUCGAAUGAUGAAGAUCGCACUCUCAACAACAUCAAUCUUUCAAUCAAAAGAGGUCAACUGGUUGCAAUCGUCGGAAGAGUUGGUUCUGGAAAAAGUAGUAUACUCCAAGCUUUACUAGGUAGUUAUCUAUUAAAAUGCAAAAAACCGAGUUUCUAUGUUACAGGAGAGAUGAACAAAACUCGAGGAAUAGUCGAGAUGAACGGUUCUGUCGCUUAUGUUCCUCAACAAGCUUGGAUUCAAAAUCUGAGCCUGAGGAACAACGUUUUGUUCAAUAAAACGAUGGAUCGGUCAUACUAUGACAAAGUUCUGGCCGCAUGCGCUUUGAAUCAAGAUUUGGCGAGUCUUCCAGCUGAAGAUUUGACUGAAAUCGGAGAGAAGGUUGGAUCAUUUUCCUUUUAUUGAAUCGAGUUUUGGGCUAUUCAGGGCAUCAACCUUUCUGGAGGGCAAAAGCAAAGGGUUUCUCUGGCUCGAGCUGUUUAUUCCAAUUCUGAAAUCGUUCUUCUGGACGAUCCACUUUCUGCGGUAGAUGCGCACGUCGGGAAGCACAUUUUCGAAAACGUUAUCUGUAAGGCUAUUAUAAAUUCUUCGAUAGCUCUUAUUGUCAGCUUCUGCAACCGGAAUUCUCGCAACAAAAACGCGAGUCUUGGUAACACAUGGGCUCACGUACUUGAAGCAUUGCGAUCAAAUUGUAGUCAUAAAAGGUGAGUUUUGAGAUAAUUUUCGAAGACAAAGAAGUUGAAGAUGGCACAAUCAGUGAAAUGGGAACUUACCAAAGCCUGAUGAACAGUAACGGCGCGUUCAGUGAGUUUCUGGAAGAAUUCCUCAUCGAGGAAUCCAAGCAUCGUGGACGGAGCGUCAGUUUCGGAGAAAAUGGUACACCAAGCAUUUUUUUCUUUGGUAAAUUCAGUUACUUAAAAAGUUUCAGCCGAAGAAGUGAACUCUAUCCUGGACGAUUUGGAUCGACUCAGUCCGCAGCGAAGGAAAAGGAUUGAGUCUCAGAUGAGCCAGGAACAGGACAACAAAAGUCGUUCGAAGGUUUUUCCUUCUUACCUUUUUCACCUGAGACAUCAAGAAACAGGGCUAGGAGUUCAAGAGUAUAGCAGUCGCGCAGCGUCGCGUGCGCAUAAAAACUGCAGAGCACGUCGAAAUGUUUCUUUUCCCGCCCGUUAAAGCCCGACAAAAAUUAUAAUAGCGCAAAAAAAGGCUGCUGAUGAGGAAAAAUUUGCGCAAACCUUUAAUUUUUUUUUGAAGUUGUUUUGAGCAGAUUUCAAUGAGAAUUUCAACCUUUUUGUAUAACUUCCAUAUAUUGAUUUCUAAUUUUAAUAAAAAUUCGAAAUGAUACAUUCAAAAAAAAAAAGUUCAAAGAAUUUUAUUGAAGACUCCCGAUGGGACAGCCCUAUUCGCGCAAAAUGGAGCUGUGAAGAAUUCUCUCCCGGAAGAACCAGCUACAGGACCCAUUACGGCAAAAGAAGAAAAACAGGCGCUUCUCGGUGCCGAUGCAAGUAAAGCCGUAGCCAAAAUCCCUCAACAGACUCUCAAAAGCAAAAUAAUUGAAAAAGAAAAUGUGGAAACUGGAAAGGUAACGUUUCAAAAAUUUUGACUCUUUUUGACUCAACUUUCAGGUGAAAAUGAGCAUUUACAUGACUUACUUCAAAGCCAUCGGUCUACCAAUAGCCUUGCUUUUUAUCGUUGUCUACAUUGCUAGCAGUAUUCUUGGAGUGUUCAGUAACCUUUACCUUGCUCGUUGGUCCGACGAUGCUGAGCAAAUCGUGAGGAGAAGUAAUGGAAGCAGUUCCGAGACCCAGACAAGGCUCGGCGUCUAUGCGGCUCUUGGUAUGAGUCAAGGUACUAACUAAAAAAAAAGUUUUGAGUAGAAAAUACUUUGCAGCGGUUUCCGUUUGUGCGGCUUCUGUGAUUAUGGCUCUCGGAAUGGUUAGAGCAAGUCGGUUGCUACACGCCAAUCUUUUGAAAAACACCAUGCAUUCGCCGAUGGCUUUCUUCGAUGUCACUCCAAUCGGCCGCAUUCUCAAUCGAUUCGGAAAGGUUCGACAAGAUUUUCGUUUCUAGAGAAAAUGUUAACUCAUGGUAAUUUUUUGCAGUUCUAGUAUCGGAAGCGUAAUUUAAAAAUGAAAAUUUAGCUAUUUUUUGAAGAGGGCGGAGAUCAAAAGAAGUAAUCUUGAGGAUAAAAAAAAUUUUAAAACUCUUGUCUACUGAAAGGGGUUCGAAAAUUUAAAAAGGUUUUUUUUUUUUUCUCAUUUUGCCGUUACCUUGCACCACUUGCCUUCAGAAAUCUAUGACUUUGGGAAUUCGAAAACGCUUGCUCGAGUCUUCGAAGCCACAAAAAAUUGCCAUAACGUUAGGUUUAUUUUUUGAUAACGCUUCAGAAGCAAACUUAAACAGCAAAAACAUGCUUCAAAGUUCGACGCCUUCGAAAAACGAGCAAACUUUUUCGAAAAUUAAAUGUUUGUGCUUUCCACGCAUUUAUUAUUUUAAUGCAGCUUUGCGAAAAACUCCUUAAAAUCAACUUUUCCCUGUUGUCAUGAAAUAAAGCAGGGCCAUUUUUGUUAAAACGCCUCCAGGAUGUUGACGUCACGGACACGAAGCUGCCAGAAUGCUUUGACGACUUUUUCCUAACCUUUCUCGAUGUGCUUUCAACCAUUGCUCUCGUACUGAUAGCCACGCCAGUUGUUUCUCUUCCACUCGUCGUCAUCGUCUCCGGAUGUCUCCUGUUGCUGGUGAAUAGGAAUCCUGGAUAAGUGUGACCCCAUUCACAGAUUAUUGGAGUUAACAGCUAGGCAAACGCAAGGUAAAGUGGCUGAAGUUGAUUUCUCGCAAAAAUGAAAGAAGGUGGAAUUUGAUGGAAAAUUAACCGAGAAUGGAUUCUCCACCAUUUAUUUUCAGAAAGAACUCAUUUCUUCAUAUUUUCAAUUAUUAACUUUCACCUUCCCAAUUAUUACCCGACGCUAAAAAAUCUAACCCAUUUCGAGUCCGUCCAUCCAAACUGUCCAAAUGUUCCAACAGGACGUCGAAGCACUCGACCAGACGCUGCCCAUGUCGAUUCGGUCUUUGGUGAUGACUCUGUUCAACGUGAUCGCCACUUUGUUCGUCAUCCUCUGGGCGACGCCGGUCGCCUCUCUAGCCUUCCUAGUUCUGUCCGUCGUCUACUUUAUCAUUUUGGUACGCAUCAGCUCACCUUAAUGCUGCUUCUCACGCUCACUUCUGAGUUUCAACUCUUUCUGAAGUUCGGGUGGCGGAUGCAUCGAUUUUUACUUGCUAAAUUGCUUUUUCGCUGAAGAGCAAGAUGGUUCAUGGUUCAUAAUAAAGUCGUCUGAGCCAACCUCUGAUAGCUUUCUUUUUUUUUCGAGACUAGUUGAACCUUUUGAAAAAAUGAGAGUAUUUUUGGCAAAAAAUAUCCUCUUUCUCUCAACUUAUAAGAAUUUAGAAAAUCAUAAAAACGUCUAGAUUGAUCCAAAAAAAUGCUCAUGUUUUUCUUUUCCAAGUUUUUCGUUUGUUGAAAAUUUUUUUUUUACAUUGGGGUUAUAGCUCAUGACGACUUUAGUUAUUAACUUGUCAUUUACUUCACAAAUGAGCUGUAAAAUAUCGAAAAGCUAAAAUUCAUGCGACUUCGCCCGGAUAUUCGAAGAGCUUCCUUCUCACUUCUCUUAAUUGAUAAAUCAAUUAUGGGUGUAUCAUAAAAAAAAACCUAGCAUGCGAGUGAUUUGAAGUGUUGGAUUUCAAAAUGCAUGCGGUUUGAUGAUUUGCGGUACAGGAUAUCGAUGCUCUGGACACACGGCUGCCGUCGACCGUCAUGACGUUGGUCGGAGCCAUUGUCCAGGCGGUCACCAUUGUUUUGGUUCCAGUUUACGCGACGCCCACUGUGAUCCUGUUUGUGACUCCAGUCUUCAUCGCCUACUACUUCGUUUUGGUCAGGCAUGCACAUCGAGUCUUCGAACUUGUACUAAUCCGUGUGCCUUCUUACGUUAUUGGCUUAUAUAUGUUGGUGAAAUUCACUGUCCUCCGAAUCAUAUUACUUAUCAAAUAAAUAUAUAGCAAAACUAAUUCAAUGAAAGGUUCAAAUAAUUAUCUUACAUACCGAACUUUUGAUGGUUUUUAUUCCCCUCGAAAAGUUAGAUUUUAUGACAUCUUCUUCUUAUCUAUAUUAUUAAAAUAGUGUGGAAUUUCGUGUUUUCGAACACCAAGAAAAAAAAAUACCCUUGAUAUAGAGAAUUUAUCUUCAAUCUGAUCUCAAAGUGAAUAUUCAAAUAUAACUUGGUGGUGUUGUACUGUGUGUGGUGUCGACAGGACGUCGAGGCGUUGGACGAUGGAAUCCCGCGUUCUCUGAUGCAGUUCAUCCGCACGGCUGCUGCUUCCGCCGAAAUUCUCUUUAUGAUUUUGUGCGCUACGCCGCAGUCCUUGUCGCUCAUGAUUCCCUUAUUUGUGCUCUACUUCGUUUUGCUGGUUCGUUUCGCAUGUAUAUCAGCUUCAUGGUCUUUGGAAUGCUGUUUUCGUAGUGUGUGACGAGGAAAGUUGAUAGUUUUCAAAAGUUCACGAUAUUUCCUCAAAAAAUGAAAAAAGCAAACAAUUUCUGUACAAAAUGGUUCUCUAUCAUUUUCUUGCCUUACUCGAAACAUUUUUUUUCCAACUUGAAAACUAUGAAUUUCCCUAUUCCGCAUGUGUCUUUCUUCAGCUACUUACCUAUGCGUUUUAGCAGUUGUCUUGAUCCAAUAAGUCUGCUUCCCUAAACCCUUUCCUUUUUUGCUUAGAAAAAAAAUUCAAUUUUUUUUACAGAGAUUUUAUGUUAGCACAUCCCGUCAGUUGAAAAGAUUGGAAUCAGCUUCAAGGUCUCCCAUCUACUCUCAUUUCCAGGUUUCCUCUACUUCGGGUAUUAAGAUUAAUAGCUGUUUAUAGGAGUCAAUCCAAGGAGCUUCGUCUAUUCGUGCCUAUGGCGUCGUCGACAAGUUUGUGACAGAAUCUGAGAACCGAGUUGAUGAAAACUUAGCCACUUAUUACCCAAGUAUUGUGGCAAACAGGUUUAAGCGUUUAUUUUCAACUUUUACAUAUCAAAUUGAAAAAUUAGAUGGUUGGCAGUGCGGUUAGAGCUUGUCGGUAACUUGAUAGUACUGUCAGCAGCGCUUUUCGCAGUGCUUUUCCGAGACUCGCCAGGACUUUCCGCUGGUCUUGUUGGACUUUCUGUUUCGUACGCUCUUAAUGUGAGUGAAUCCGUAUCGUAUAAUAAUCUUUAAAUUUUUUUUCAGAUCACCCAAACACUCAAUUGGGCUGUACGAAUGACAAGUGAACUGGAAACGAACAUUGUGGCUGUGGAAAGGAUUCAGGAAUACACCGACACCCCAACUGAAGGCAACGGUUCUAUCGAACAAGCUCCGACAGGAUGGCCCAACAAAGGAGAAGUUUCGAUCAUCAACUACAGCACUCGGUGAUCUUUACCUUCUAAAUGAGUUCAUUGCUUAGAGCGCAAGAAUAAGAGCAUACACUUUAGAUAUCGUCCUGGUCUUGAUCUUGUUCUGAACGAAGUUACUGCACAUAUUGAAUCUGGCGAAAAAGUCGGAAUAGUCGGCCGAACAGGCGCCGGCAAGAGUUCUCUAACUCUCGCCAUGUUCCGAAUAAUUGAAGCUGAUGGAGGAUGCAUUCAAAUCGAUGGGACCAAUAUUGCUGACCUUGAGCUUGAUGUGAAUUCAAAUUAGAAAUAUGAAUAUAAUCGAAAUUUUCCAGCAACUGCGCUCGCGCUUGACUAUCGUGCCUCAAGAUCCAGUUCUGUUUUCUGGAACUCUUCGGAUGAACCUUGACCCCUUUGAUGCUUUUAGUAAGUACAAAACUCAUUAGAGCUUCUCCAUGUCAAAUGCAUAGAUGACGAUCAAAUAUGGACAGCCCUGCGAAAUGCUCAUUUGGAGCCGUUUGUUACAUCUCUUCCCGAUAGACUUUUCCAUCAGAUUGUUGAAGGCGGUGAAAAUUUGAGGUUUUACAUAGAUGAUUUCUUAAGAAUGAAAUAUUGUUUCAGUGUGGGACAGCGACAGCUAAUGUGUUUGGCUCGAGCACUUCUGCGAAAGACCAAAGUAUUGAUUUUGGAUGAAGCUGCGGCGGCGGUUGACGUCGAAACCGACAGUCUUCUGCAGAAAACCAUUCGCGAACAGUUCCGCGAUUGCACUGUUCUUACCAUCGCACAUCGUUUGAACACAGUUAAAAAAUUGAGAGGUUUUCGAAUCAGUCUUAUUGUUCUCAGGUGCUGGACAGCGACCGGCUCCUUGUAAUGGACAAAGGACAAGUGGCCGAGUUCGACACUCCAAAAAACCUUCUUGCCAACCCCAACAGCGUUUUUUACUACAUGGCCCGUGAUGCACAUAUCAUUUGA